UCUGUCAGUGCUCCGCGAACCAUCGACGAGUGCGCGUCGUGUUUGUGUUUGUCCCUCAUUGCUCUUGCUUGUGUUGAUUUUCCUCGUUCUCGAUGAACGCUAACGUUGUUCGAUGAUCGUAAACAUUACCGAUCGUCGAUCCACGGUCAUGAUUCAUCGCCGUUUGACCGAUUGAACUUCGUCAAAACGUUUCGACGAAGUUCCGAACGAUCACCGGUUAACACAACCGUCGUGUUGGUUAUUGCGCAGCCAGCGUCCGUCGCGUACGCCGGUAAAGUGUUAUUAUUUUUCGAGAGAGAUGCGAUCGUUCGUACGUAGGUGUAUCGAGAUUACGCAGGAGCAGGGAAUUUACGCCGCGAAGCGGCAACUACAAUCUCGUUGAAACGGCGUGACGACGAUUGUAGCAGCGUUAUAUACUCGUCUCGCGUAUACCGUUGAAACGCGAGUGGGUGGUAGCGGAAAAGUGGCGAGGGAGGCGGCAUGAGCGCGAGAGAAGUCACCCUACUUGGCGGCUCCCCUUGGGGAUUCCGUAUGCACGGUGGACACGACCUGCAUCAACCGCUACGCAUCUCUAGGGUUAAUCCAGGCAGCAAAGCGGCCCAACAGGGGGUGAGAGAGGGUGAUUUAAUUAGCAGCAUAAAUGGAAGAAGUACCCGAGAUUUAACGAACAGCGAGGCACAUGCACUCUUACGAAACGCUGGGGAGCAUUUGAAGCUUGGUUUGAAUCAGGAAAACAUUGGCUCGCCCAAAAGACGAAUUUACAAAAGUAGUUUGCAAGAAAAUACUACCACCGAGAUUCUCAAUAAGACGACAACGAAAACCACAAGCACAUCGAAUACACGGGUUAUAACGACAGAAACGAAGAAAAACGAAUUAAAUGACACAAAACCUGAUCGAAGCUACGCCAAUCAAAACGGUGGUCCGAAGAGCUCCUUGAUUGACAAACUAGACGAAGCUAAAACAAGAUUUCGCGAAUCGUUGGACUACGCGACAGAUAGCGAAGAAAUUACCAUGCCACACGGUGCGCGGAAUCGCAGAAAUCGCAGGGGUCGCAACAGAAGGCGUUUUCAGCCGCAUCCGAGCCCAGAGAAAACUUCCAAAGACGACGAAAGCACCGUAGAGAAUCCAGAUGACGUCAGAACUCUUGAUGAUCCCGCGAGUAUAAGCACGAACGACUCCUACGUGGAGAAUAUACAUUACAACGAACCGCAACGAGCAGCUGAACCUGCAACAAAAGACACUGAAACGAUUCUGCAAGAAGAAAUCUCCAAGACCAGUAGAUAUACGAGGGAAGAGAGAUACAAGAUCGAAAAGGGUACCGUGGAGCCAAGCAUCAAGGUGGUGGAGAUAACAACGAUCAGCAGUCUGCCUUUGGAGGCUAAAAUUGACCACAUUCGUGGAGUUGGUAUCCUAGAAACGGGUCGCAGAGACAGAAACCCGGAAGACCAGUCGAACGUCACUGUUUCUGAGCCUAUAGAAUCAUUUCCUUGUUCAUCGAACGGUCAGAAGCUUCAGGGAUCAUCUGGGAACAGUGAACGACUGCAGAUUCACGAUGUCAGUGACUGCGACGUCGAAACUGAUUCCGCGAAACCAGUGAUCGUCGAGAUGGAAUCAGACACGGAGAAGGAAACUGAAGGCAAACACGGUUGGGACACCGUGAUGCCGCGAGAUGUGGAGAGAAAAUUAAGGACAUUUAUCGAGGGACUGAAAUUGCCGACGUAUCCCGAAGACGUCGAGGAGACGCGUAAACCGGCGGAAAAGGUUGCCAAUUAUUCUUCUAAGAAGAUUAGGAAAAGAAACGUCACUUCGGAGUCCCAUCAUGUACGCUCUCAGGCUGCAAGCAGAUUUUUGGAUAUCAUUCAGGAGGAGGGAGAGAAAUUGUCGGAGGACGAAGAGCAACAUAUCAGGGAUUUUAUUAACGAAGAAAUUGGGAAGUAUCGGAGGGAUGAACGAAAUUUCGAUCGAAGGAAGUGGAGCAAAGAGAUUGAGGGAAAGGUGGCGAGAGAACACAAUGUGAAGAUAAAUGUGAUUAAUGUAGAUUCGGAUGACGAAGAGGUAUGUUUGAAAAACGAUGGAGGUGAAAAUGUAGAAACGAACGAAAGUUCCUCAAAUGAAGAGAAAUUGACGAAGAAUGUUUUAAAAGAUGAAUUGGAGGAGAAAAAUAUAAAAGUUGGUGUCUGUACAGAAAAUGGUACUUUGAGUCAGGGGAAUGUAGAAAGAGACGUCAUAAAAGAAGACUUCAGUAAUGGAGAUCCAUCUGAAGAGGAGAAAAAUGAACCAUCCAAAUUGCACAGCGAUGAUGCAGUAGAUGCUGAAGAGAAAAGGAACGAUGAAACAUUGUACAGUUAUAGCAAAGAAGAAAAUAAGGUUGUCGACAACGAGGUAGAUGUUAAUAUAGAAGUAUCAAAGGAAGAGUCAGAUGAGAUAGAUUCACUUAAACGCUCUGAAGAAGAACAGUCACAGUUUUCUAACGACAGUUUAGAUGAUAAAUCUGAAGCAGCUGAGUGUUCAGAAUUAGAUAAUAACGAUGGAACCCCAAUGAGGAAUACAGAAAAUUCGAACAAAGAAUCAGAAGAUGCAGACUCACACUUUUCUAAGAAUAAUGAAGAUGAUGCUUUAAACGUAAGAAAAUCUGAAAUAGUGGAAUGUUCAGAAAUUACUGCUUCGAACGAAAAAUUAGAUAACGACGACGAAACCUUAAUUAAGAAUGUAGAAGAUUCUAACAAAGAAUCAAAAGAUGUAGAUUCAAAUGAGCACACAGACUCACAUUUUUCUAAGAAUAAUGAAGAUGAUCCUUUAAACGUCAGAAAAUCUGAAAUAGUGGAAUGUUCAGAAAUUACUGCUUCGAACGAAAAAUUAGAUAACGACAACGAGACCUUAAUUAAGAAUGUAGAAGAUUCUAACAAAGAAUCAGAAGAUGUAGAUUCAAUUGAGCACUCGAAUAAUACUUUAGACAAUAAUUCAACAGUUGAGGGCUUACAAAAUGCGACAGAAGAAUCGAAAGUGGACGAAAGUCAAGAAAUUCUUCAAAGUAAUUCUAAAGAUGAGACAUCAACUGAAAAAUCCACAAAAGAUGAAAUAAAUAAACCACCAGAAAACAGAACGAAUACGAAAUCUAACGAUCCAGAGAAUCAAGAUACACGUACCGUGAAUAAUACUUCGGAAUCAGUAAUAAAGGAGACUUCGUUGGCGAUAAAAUCUUCAGAAGAGAGCACACACUCAAGAAGCCAAACAGUUACUGUGAUAAAGGAACAACGACGUCCUCCAACUCCUCCAAAACGAUCCUCCAGUCUCGUGGAGGUCGAUUUUCAAGAAAAAGCAAACCCUCAACUUCACGUAAAGGAAACAAGUCCACCUAUUCGUCCGCCUCUUCCAAAAGAGAAUCUCCAUCCACUCGAAUCAGGUUCAUCAGAAACAUCGUCGAAUAUAAAUGAUCCUUCACCGACGGCUGUUUCACGCAACGACGCAGUUAUGCGAAACACUUGCGACAUUUCGAAUGCAGCAGAGAAAAUCCAUGAGAUCAUCGAUGAUCUAAGGGCCUGCUCGAGCGACAGCGCUACCGAAUUACGAAAUUCAAUCGAGAACGGCGCCAAGCUUGGCAGUGCAACAAGUCCUGAAAUAACGCGUGACUGGGAAAAAUGUUCAGUGCCCGAGAACGAACCGCUUGUGCCUGGUAAAUCGAAAGCUUCUCACUCGAAGCUGGAACACACCCGACAGAGGAUCGUGAAAAACGAAACAAAGAUUGAAAAAUCGUCGAAGAAGUCGACGGCAUCGAAAAGCUGCGAGGAGGAGUUCGAGGAGAUAUAUGAGAAUUACUCGAUGGAGAACACUGAGACAAAAGCAAUCGUUCGCGAAGAUGAAAACGAUAAGAGUCGUUCAGACAUACUGGAGUCUAUUCUGAAUGAUAAACGAGUACCACUCGAGCAGACGAAUGACCUGCAGGGUCAGGACUCGUCCAGCAGCGCUACCACUUUGAGCACAGUAAAGUACAAUCCCAUGGAAACAUGGCAGACUGAUAUUUGCUCCAUAAUAACGGAAGAAGCGAGGAAAAGUAAAUUGAAACGCGAAACUGAAGUGGAGUCGUGUAGCCUGAAAAGUAAACUACCUUUGCUGAAGGGAGAGGAAUUGUACGAGGCUACGAAUGGACGCGAAGGUCCAGUCACUCCGGAACCUAUACCUUAUUCUCCAGUCGAGAAUUUACCUUAUAAACUCGUAGGAAGUAGCGAUAGUAGUAAAAAUCAGUUACUGAACGGAACAGUUGAGCCAGAGCUUUUGAAAGACCUUUGCGUUAAGAGAAUUCUGUCGAUGCCAUACGGGCCGCAAAUAAUCAACGAGUUAAUGCUGCCCAAGUUUAACAUCUUCAAAAGUCUUCGGCCGAUUUCAAGGUUUGCUAACGACGAUGCUAGAGGCCUUUUAGGCAUGCAUGGAGUGAGUGAGCAGCAGCUCGAAACAGCUAGACUAACAGCUUCGCCAGGGCUGAUGCCCCCUGAUCCCUGUAAAACCCCUGUUUCAGACCGGAAUAAGUAUCUGCAAUUAGAACAAAAGGAACGCGCGAUGGAGAGACCGGAAACGUGGGUAGGCUUGUCGACAACGAGGGAUCCUAGACUGCUCCUAUGUCUCUCUCCUUCUCAACAGAGGACCACGAUAAAAACGAGCGCGGACAAUUUACUGGACCUCCAUAAAAAGUUCCUCAACAGACACACUUACUACGAAGAGGAACCACCAUCUUGCGUCCCAGUUCCAAGGUACAAGAUUGAUCUACGUAAACCUGAUUCGAAUCCCUCGAAAUCCGAAGAUGCUCAGAGCAAGUCGACCAAGAGACUCCUGGAGAUCAUCAAAGAGAACUCUGAUAGUUGUCCUAUUCACAGUCAGGUGAAUUCGGGACAUUCGAAGUUGUCUUCCGAAUGGUCGAGUCCGGAGAAAGGUCACGAGCGCUUUAAGGUCACUCGCCUUUGCGACUGGCUGAACUUGGCCAGACAAGAACCGAUUGACAUCCGAGCGCCAUCUCUCGCCGACGAUUUACUCGCGGAACCGUCGGCCGACGGGAAACGAGCCGAUAAGAGAAGAAUCGAAAUUGUUGUCGAAGAGCCAGUAGUUGACAGCGUCGGGGAGCAUGGACAUCGCGCCAACGCCGCUCUAAUGGUGAACCCGGUGGAAAGGCCUGACCCUCCUGCCAGAAGCUCGACGCCUUUCAACAGAAGUCCAAUUACCCUGAACAGCGCUCUUAUCGACAAGUCAGGUGCGCCCGAAAUUGCCGGGAAGCGAACACCUCCUAAGAGAACCAUCGACCCGCGCUAUAACGUUAAUCCUGCCCUCAUAGACGAUAGGGUCGAGGUUCCGCCACGAAUUAAACGCGUGGUGAACGUGGAUAGGUCGUGCAUCGAUACCACGAGCAUCUUCGAUCAGAGCCCGGCUAGGAGCAGCCUGGAGCCCCGGAAAUACGGAAACGCUGAGGGCCUCAAGCACACGACGGCCACGGAGAUCGUGCAGAAUCUGAAGAAGUUCCAGACCGAAAGAGACGAUCAAACGGAGGGUCAUUCGAAGUGUCCCGUGCCCGAAGAGUACCUUGCACAGCAAUUAAGGUACAUAGAAUUGUUGGAGAACCAGCUGAAGAAUGUGAUCCUGGCUGAAGAGGAGGAGAAGGAGGCGUUUGAGAAAUUUCAAACGCACGUGAAGCAAAAGUCACAGGGGAAAGAGAAAUCUUUGAUGGGAACCAGUGAUAAAGAGGACGUUUCAAAGGAUUCGAAGGAUGAUUCUCGAGUGGAGAGCCAGAGCUGGCAGGAGAAGUCCGAGCAAGUGGAGAAUGAUCACUCGGAGAAGAUUAACAAACAGGGACACAGGGACUUUGUGAAGAAGGUGCAGAUCAAAAAUGGCGUUCACGAAGAGGAGUCUUGCGAGAAAAUCGAACGCGUCGAGCAUUCUGUAAUCACUAAGAAAGAGAACAAAGAUGAUCGUACGGGGAAGACGAAGACGGAUAUACCGAAAGCAUCAGCGGUGGUGGUUAACGGCGAGGCGUUUCGUCAGCGAAUGUACGACGAGUACGUGCACAAGGUUUUGGAACGGGAAGAGAGGAAACAGCACAAAGUAGUGAAGAUCAGCUCGCGUCAAGAUAUCCAGAAAUCGAAUAAUAAAUUGGGAAAAAGCGGCAUGUGCUCCGUUGAAAAGGAAUUCAUCGAGAAGGCGAGAAACAGACUGAAUAAGUUCGGUAUUAAGCUGGACGAGAGUGAGUCGGAGAGCGAUGGGAAGCGUGACCAGGAGAAUAUUGUCGAGGCAAAGUGUUUGAUUGACGGGAAAGAGCUCGAGGACGCGAGAAAAUUGCCCAAGCAUUUGCAAGAGUUCCUCAAAAUGUCCGACAAGGACGGGAUAAGUUAUGGCUUAGUCGCAAAGGAAAAUGACAAUGGGUACGAUCUGCUGCACGAGAUUGACAGUGCUUUGAAAUUUGGCAAAGGAUUUCUGUUUGGGAAAGAGAACGUUAUGUUCGCUCCCACGUUUAAAGCUUCGUCUGCGACACCAGGCGUUUGGUCACCUGGAAGCGAGCCACCUCCACCCCCGAAGGAACCAAGUCCCGAACGAAAAGAAUCUCAGAAGGAUGGUGGAAUACCUCCUGUCUGGACACCUUCCAGCGCUGGUGCCAGUCCCGUGCCUGAAAAGAAGGAAUUUCGGCCAGUGCAAUUCGAAAGCCCGAUUCUAAGCCGAAAAAAGCCAGCACAGCAGGAAUUUUCUCAGACCGCCCAGAAGGCUCCACCGCCUUGGCAAGCGGAAAAAGAAGAAAAGGAAACGAUUCGAAGUGCAGUUUACGAGAGUUCGCGAAUUGUUAAUUCGCACUCGGCUCCAUCGCAAGGACUAAAUUCAUUAGCUUCGACGCCUCGUCUGCCACGUGCUCAGAAUCCAACUAUAACGCUACUGCAGAAAGCAAGAGAAGGGCAAAUCCCCAAAGGAGCUGCUUAUCUGGAGGAAAAUGAAACAGUGAAACGUUCAACGAACGAAGAAAAGCCACUCGUUAGUCCAGGUGAAAUAAUCUACACGGUGAAGAAAGAAUACGAGAGCGAGCCGGAAACGGAUAAAGAACCGCCGAAGAAGAUGGCCGAUUUAGGUCCUCGAAAAUUCGAGGGUAUUGGCCCAACAACUAAAGAGGGUAUACCUCUUGUAUUGAGAUCGGAAGUCAAGGAGAAUAAUCAAACGAAAUGGUAUAAGAGAAUGUACGACUCGUUGCAUCGUGCAGACAGACCCGAUGACUACGUAACCAUUCGUUACAAACAAAGAAGAGGGACGAGAUACGGUUACGGAAGUAGCAGUGGAUAUCUGAGUGAACCGGAACAUCGUUUGUACACAGAACGUUCUGCCACCUUUGACAAUCGACGACGUCUACGAAACAAAGAAAAUGAUUUCUCUACGUCAACUAUGCCUAGAAAAAAUGGACCACUGAAGUACACUCCAGAUAUUUACAAGAAUCAACCUGGACGCAUCGAGGACUACGAACCUGGACGAUCAUCCAUUUCUGAAAAGGAAGCUAAGGAGUGGUGGGACGAGGUCAUGGACAUAUUCGAUGGGUGGUUGAACGAGAAUGGACAUCCUCAGGGUACGGAGAUGGAGGAGCUUCUGGACGCUCGGCUGAGCCAUCGGGCUCUGAGCCUCUCCUACCGACCGGAGAGCAGUCACAACCCUUUCGAUCAACGCAACAGUCGUCCAGCGAAACCUUAUAUGUCCCAUGCUCUCAAAGAAUCUGGCUAUGAAAGUGAUUCCACACUAGUAUUUCGUCGCAAAGAAGACAUCAGUCCAUUGAGUCAAUUAGAGCAACGAUUAGCUUAUAAAACUGUUCAAAGUGGUGGUGACGUACCUCUUCAUGGACUUCGUAAGCCAGCCCCUGAACGACCAAAGGACGACUCGGGCGUCGAGUACUUUCCUAUCUCGCCCACUUUGACGCGGAUCCGUGUGCAUCGGAAAACCACUUCUUCAGCGACGCCUGUGUCCUCGCGAUACAAGCAAACAUCGAGCAACCAGAGUUCAAAGAUCAAGAAAAUGAACGCACAGUCCACAGUCACAAAUUCGAAUUCUUCCAGAGACACGACAAAUGCUCGUAGCAGAACAUUUUCAAGGCCACCCUCGCCACCUCGAAGACAAUCUUCUCGAAACAGCAAGACUCUGAAAUUGUAUACCAGAAGACAAAUUACAGACGUCACGCAGUCUCUGAAGUCGAGGCACAAACAAUGCUUCAGUGCUGAUGCGUCCAAUUUUGGUUCACACAGAGAACGACUGUGUAGUAACCUGGAUAGAUACAAACGAAGUCGGGAAAACUUUCAGAAUUUAGAUACCACAGUGUCCUGUAGGUUGAGCAGGAAGAAGUUCGAGUCUUAUCCUUCCCAAAGUUCACUGGAGGCAGGUGCAGAGAAGAGAACUCGGACAGUGGUCAGUAAAGAACGUCUCCUAGACGAUAAAUCGCUUCAUUCCGCGAGGAUGAUCCCGAAACAGCUUUCAAAAUCGCAAAAUUGUAACGGAGUUUGUUCAUCAAUGUCCAGUGUAAAAAAGGAUAGCGUGAAAACGCGGCUGACAAGAAGAGAACAAGAGCAGUCGACGAGGAGACUCGUCAAAUCAUCAGCUGAGUUACGUUUAGAGAAGUGCAGGGAUAAAAGUGAAAGAAACGUGGAAAUGGGAACUUUUCCUUCUCAAAGUGUUGUUAAACAUUCAGCUAGCGUUUGUUCUUCGAAUUUGAUUAAUGGAAGACAGAAGAAUUUGGAUAAGUCUCUGAAGACGAUUAAGUCUCCUUCUCAGAAAUCUCCUAUAAGCUCUUCUACUUCCAAGAUCGUAUUCACAGAUAUUAAGAAACCAAAAACGAUAGUCAAGCAACCGGAUAAAGUAGCCAAAGAGCGUAUACGUUCGCCAAUAUCUUCCUGCAAAGCAGUUGUCCCUGACCGACCUAGAGGGAAGCCUUUAACUAUCGUCAAAUCGCCUAUACAGAAACCUCAAACGAUACACGUGAAUCCUGCUUCGAAGAAGAAGAAAGUGGAAGUUAAAAGAGGGCCAAAGAAAAAUUUAGGAAUCGAAGCUUCUGAUAAGAGUAAUAUUGAAAAUGAAGAAGAAAUUAAAAAACACCAAGAAGCUACUCGUUCAGACACUUUCUUCCAGAAUCUUUUCUUGAGAUCCAUCUCGUCUGCUGUCUCUAGCGAGAACGUUCCUUCGAGAAGGUCUAUCGUCUGCGAACGAGCUAGGAUAUAUCAAGAAAACAUCAAAGAGAGUAGUAAAUCCGAGCCAUCUUUGAAAUCCCUUAGCAUCUACUUAGCUCAUAAACGUCCAGUUUCGAAUUCAAAGUUCAAAAGCUGGGAACGAGAGAGCGUAGCUUCCAGCAGGAGCUCGAGUCCUUACGGUGUUAGUUGGCCCGGUAGGUCUGUCUUUCAGAAAGUCCGAAAAUUCGAUAGUCUUUUAGGCAUAGAAGACCUGGAACCAGAAUUGACGAAGGAGCGUCUGAAGGAAAGAAGCUUGAGCGAGCCACCUUUGAAGACUCUGUCGGAAUACUCGGACUCGAAGCGUUCUUCCCGAACGUCAUCACCAUCCCCGGUCAAAUCCCCAGCCAGUAGACUGAUACGAAGUUUGAGACAGGACAGAACAGAUGUUCAUCAGGCAAAGAAAGUUAGAGCCAGAAGCGCGAGCGAGGUGGACGGACUGCAAGGAUCAAAAUUCGGGUCCAGUUUAUCCUUGACCAGAAGCACGAGUUCUGUUUGCAUGUCACCGGUUGAACGCGAAGAGUAUCGUCGAUACGUGUUAGAAAUGCUACACGAUAGAGGGAAGUCAACGAGGUACAAAGAACUGCACGAUUUCUAUUCCAGCCUGGAAAGAUUAGGCCAACUGGAGAGGACGUUUUCUUCUAACGAUUUGAGACCCAGGCUCAGGAACGAAGAAAUCGUGGAUUACGAUCGUUGGAAACAGGUGAGGUCUCAGGAGAGGAUUCAGACCGAGUUUAAUACGCUUUAUGGGAAACUAAAGGCAGUACAGAAGGAUAAGGACCUUUUGUUCAGUACAAAGGAUACGAGCAAGUUCAAGUGGAACGGUGAUUGUGGUUUGAGAUGCAAGGAACGUUCAGUAGAGAACAUCAUACAGCAGUUUAGGAAGCUGCAGACUGAGUCUUCUAAGAAGAUAGAGAUUUCGUCAAGAAAGGACACUUACAAACCGCUAUGGCGGGGUACAUCAGUGAUCAACAUGGCAAACACAAUUCAGAAAAAGGCAGAGGGCGAUCAGAACGAGAAGUCUUUGGAUAAUUUGGAUCAGCCGUUACUGCAGCGGAGUCUUGGUGGUAGUAAAAAAUUCUGGAGCAGUCUGUCGAUAGAACAGGUGGCUACCUUGAAGAAGCAACUGAACGAAAUCUAUGGUAGCGAGAAUUCACAGAAGUCUGAAGUGGAUCCACGACAGGAAAAGACCUCAGCUUCCCAUAAGAGUGAUUCCCUAUCAAAAUACGAAAUUGUGGUUCCCCCUCAAACGGAAUCAACCAGUGGACUCCUAGACGAUGGAAAAGGCCUCCACGUGCGAUGUCAUUCAAUGAUCACCCCGGAUACAAGUUCAGUUUAUCAAAAACCACCUUCUAAUCGUUCAGAAUCGACGAGGAAGAGGAGUGGUUCCAUUAGUCGAGGGAAGAGUCUGGAGAGAUCCGAGUCUGCCCCGAUUUCUUCCUCAAUGAGCGAGCUGGAAAAGAAAAGGCUCUCCGUGACCCUAGGUAAGGAAGUUCUCGACAAAAUCUCCCAAAGAAGACUGUCAGUGCCGAGGGAAACUCGAGGUAGCAUAGCUGCAGCACUGGCAGCCAAGAAGAUUCCAAAACCGAUCACCUUUGAUUCAUCAGCUGUAGCAGAGCCAUCAAAGACCAAAGACAAAAGCAACUAUUUGCUAAUCUUGACACCCAAUAACAAGACUCCAGCCGAUCGGCAACGAGUGGAGAACGUUUUGUCAGAUUGGUCAGAGAAAUCGCCACUCUUAGCGAUGACGCUUCCCGAAGAUGACACGCGAGCUAAAAUAGUGGCUGCUAAUUCAGGAAGUGAACGAGAUAGCACCACGGGUAGCUCAGAAACGUCCGUGAAAACGGUCAUCCAGCGAGAUGUCAAGGAUGCGCCAAAGAAGAACACCGACAAGCCGGAAGGUACUUCGCCUUGCAGGAAGAAAGGACGAUUGUCUUCUUCGCAGAGUUUUGCCGACCUGAGAGAGUUAUUCGGCGAAACAGAGACGGCUAGGUACGCGACCCUGCCCCUGUCAGGGUGCAGGACACGCUCGAUCUCACCCAGAGGAGCGUCCCUCCGCUCGUGCUCACGGGACCGUGAACACGACAGACCUCACAGCGUCAGUCCGUGUCGCGCUACCACUCGAUCCGAUUCGUCCUGCAGCCUCGAAAGCAUUUAUUUGCGGGGUUCCUCGCCAGACCCUGACAAGUACUGGCGCGCCUAUUUGAAACUGGUCAGAAACGGUACUGUCAAACGACUGAGGGCUCGGUUCGAAAGUGCGGAGGACUUGCGUAGCGGUGGUAGGUCCAAGUCGGUCCCAAGACCAAAGAGGUUCCAAAGCGACCCAGAGCUUGCGCGAAGUCUCCUGAAAAAGGUGGAGCAGGGUAAGGUGAAGGCUCACGAGUUCGCGGAUGUAGCCUGGCUGAGGCGGAAGUACGAGCCCAGGAGAGGAAGGGCUCGUCGGAGAGGCGAGUCACCGCCUAUUCCACGUGUUCCUCUUCGACGAGAAGACCUGGCCAUGCCUCACAUCGACGUCAUCAGCAAAACAGCUGAACUGAAGGACUCGACGGCUCAUACUGUGACCAGUGCUGUAGCCAGGAAGGCAGAGACCAAGGAGCUAGAGGCAAAGAAGCCUGUAUGUCGUUUGAGGAAGAAGUUCGAAACAUUCGGCAUGCGGAAGACCUCGAUCCUGGGUGAAAUGUUCACCUCCUCUCCGGAUGUGCGUGAACUCCGUGACAUAGCCCCGUAUCUAGCGGGUCGCUGGGUGGCUCAUAGGUACCCCAGUCGAAGGGACAACAUGCGGUCUCUCUCUUCCCCCCCGGACCUAGCCGGGCAUCGGGUUUCCUCAAAAACUGACUCAGUUUCCAGUUCCAAAAAUGUGCAGAUCAGAGAUGGUAGUAAAGUGACGGGAAAAGUGUGUGCUUCUUCGAGAAAUUCAUCGUCUAUUUUGAAGCAGUCGGACGUUUUCACGAAUCAACAGUUUGAUCCUGAUAAACACAGACCGAGGUUCAGGUAUCAACCUCCUCCACCUCCUCCAUCGCUGUCCUCGACCACUGUUCGACGAAAAAACAACAGUUGGUGGUCACCGAUUCCCAUUUACACUGCUCGACCUACCGUCACUUUCGAAGAAUUCUCGAACGCACCCCCGCCACCACCAAAAUCUCAACACUACAGAGACGACUGUCAAGAAUCACCGAGACGUUAUGUGGAGGGUGAGGUGACGAUUCACUAUCGUUCACCAGUGCGUACAGAGGCGAAAGAACCAUUGAGCGAAGAAGAGCUCGCUCGUCGAAGUGCUGAGAAUAUGCGACGCGUUUAUCAAGAGGAACGACGUCGCAAAUAUCUCCAAGAACUGCACGACAUCGAUUCUCGAAGACACACCGAUAACUUUAUACCAUCUCAAAAAUCACCGAUCCCUCUAAAUCGGUACGAUGAUUUCGUCGACGACUUGAGCCACAGAAGCAGAUCUCAAGAGCAAACACCGGAACCGAGACUCGUGGCAAGAGCACUUUACAACUUUAUCGGGCAAUCUUCACGGGAAUUGAAUUUCCGUCGUGGGGACAUAAUAUUCGUGCGUCGCCAGGUAGACAAGAACUGGUACGAGGGUGAACAUAACGCGAUGAUCGGCUUGUUUCCAUCGAACUACGUCGAGAUUUUACCAUUCGAUGGCGUGCGAACGACACCAAAGAAACCCUACGAAGGUCAGGCACGAGCCAAAUUCAAUUUCAUUGCUCAAACAAACCUUGAGUUACCUUUAGCCAAAGGAGAACUUGUUGUUUUGACGAGAAGGGUCGAUGAAAAUUGGUACGAGGGACGCAUUGGAAACAGAAAGGGGAUAUUUCCCAUCUCAUAUGUCGAAGUUAUUACAGAACCUGGACAUAGAUCAGAAACGCCAACGCAAAGCAAACCAGUUGCCGCUCCAGCAGCACACAGUCUCUUGGUAAAUGGAUCGGCUGGAGGGAAAUUGAGUAUGGGACCCCAUCAUUACAUGCCAUCAAUACCAGUUAAUAUGAACACAACUCAGCCACACUACAAUUCACUGCCACGAAUGGGAGGAAGCAAGUUGCAUGUAUCUCAACUCAACGAAGCGUUGCAUAUCGAUACCCAAUCCGACCCAAUACCAUACCGGGCUCUAUACAAUUAUAGACCCCAAAACGAGGACGAGCUCGAGCUAAAAGAAGGCGACACUGUAUACGUGAUGGAGAAAUGCGAUGACGGUUGGUAUGUCGGUUCUAGUCAGAGGACCGGAUACUUCGGCACCUUCCCCGGAAAUUAUGUGGAAAGAGUGUGAAACACAAUAAGCGGUAACUUUGUUACAACGCGUAUCGAACCACAGAUCACAUUUUACCAAAGCACUGAAUCGAACUUUUAACAAUUUAACGGCCUCAUGUUUUACUUUUAGUCGUGUUCAAAAAGACCAAUCUACAGCUUAAGCCUUCCUUUACAAAAAUAGUGUGUUAAAAUGGAGUCGAGUAAAUGAAAACAGAAAAUGUUUCCAAAUACAAUCUAUGGAUGCAGUUUUUCUGCAUUUUCAAUUUAUUUAUCUCUUUAUUUUAUUGAACUAAAUCUUUUACAUUGAACUUACUUAACUAUAGUGACAUACUGUACUCUAGUCCCAAUCAAAGGGAUUAAAACUAUCAGGUAUGUAGUUAAGUAGCAACGUAGAUGGCUGAAAGAAAUAAUUUGAACUUCAACGAUUGAUUGUUUAUAAACUCACGAAAUAAGUGACGUGGCCAUUAAAAUGUUAAUAUAAAUGCGAUUUAACGUUCACACAUCGACGAUAAGAGGCGUUAAUAACAAGCGCCAUUAAAGUCUUCCUCUUCGUCAGUUUUCCACGCUGUGGUGAACCAUUUAACGCGAGACCUUCUACCGUCGGAAUUCACCAAAAAGUUUAACCUGUAAGAUUAACGUGUAAGUAGUGUACGAUAACAAUUAGUAAUUUAUUGUACGAAGUUCAAGGGAACGAGUGCGUCAGGCGGACGUUGCGAAAAUAAAGAAACUACGAUUCAACCGUGUUUCUUAUCGAGAUUAACGUUCAAUCUCGUCUGUAUGUUCUGCAGGCAGCUGUUAAGGAAUCACUCGUCGGAACGAGAAGAUUCUGGGAGUGUUUUAAUAAUAUUUCUGUGUAAUUUGUAAAAAGAAAGCGAGUAUACAUUUCGAAAAGUCUAUCUGGUUUCACCGGCAACGAACGAAGAUAUUCGUUUAUAAUUAUCCCAUUGAUCGAGCAAUAAUCAUAUCUGUAUUUCCGAAUUCAAAAUUUUAUGAUUUUUCUUAGCGAAAAUUUAUGAAUAAUUUAAGAAUAAUUUUUAGAGGAACAGUGUAAAAUUUAUAUAAUGAAAAUAAAAUUGGGGCUCCUUCCCUGGUCCGUUGCCCGGGGGUUAAAAUACUGAUUGAACUUUUUAGCGUAUCAAUCCAUUUACAAAAUAAAUGCAAGAUUGUAGAAUAAAAAAUUAUUUUAUGCGGCAUUAUUUUCGAGAAAAUCAGAUUCGAAUAUUUUUAGAACAUUUUUCAGAUAACUGCGGACAGUGAUUGGAUUAUCGCUCGAGCAACUGAAAUUACAUAUUUAUCGAUGGAAAUUACUGGGUUUAUAGUACACGAGAGAUUCCUUUGAACCUUGAUCCUUUACGAAAUGUGCACAAACUUGAAUCAGGAAUGGACGAAUCAAGCGAACUUCAAUAAAUAAGUUUCAUCGACGUUAGAUAAAUAGAGAUCUGUAAACGAGCCAAAGAUAAGAAAGUCUCGGAAGUUUUUCCUUGUUUCAAUGUAUGAAGAGAAACAUUUCGCCAAGAAUUUUUCGAGAUUUUUCCAAAAAAAAGUGCUUCGAAUCGUAAAUUGUUUUGAAUUUAAGGAAGACGAAUUUCCUUCUGCGUUUGGUAUUGUAGAUAAAUCAGUCGUUAUUGUUGCAUUCGUGAGUAUCCAAGAGUAAGUGAUUUAUAAUUGAACGUUUGCCUUCCCAAAUUAAUAUUUUUGUAAACAUUAUUUGUACCCAGAGUUAUAUAUAUAUAUAUACAUAUAUACAUAUGAAAAUGAAUUAUAUAAUGUAUAGAAGAUAUAUCUAUAUACAUGUACACAUAUAGUUACGAUAUUAUACGAAGCUGUAAUUCUCCAAGUAUAUAAUUAACGGCAUAAUUAAUGCACGUGUUAAGAUGCACACCAAAUGCUCGACAUUGAGCCGUGUUAAUCCGUAUUUAAUGAUUACUAAUAAAAUGAAGUCUGCUCGAAGCCAUGAUUUUCGAGAACGUUUCGCCAUGACGUUACACGACAGUCUAAUGUUUAAUCCUAGACAGUAAAGAAAAGAUAACUUGGAUCCAGUUGCAAAACAGACAAUACGUAUCAUUAUUGUAGUAGGUCAGCAGCAAGAGAUAAUCCUGUAUGUAGGAGAGGGGUAUUAAAAGAAGAAACUAUUGCUACUUUA